AUGAGGUACUCGGUAUGUAAAGAUGCUGUGUAUUGUGUGUUUUGUGUGUUGUUUGGAGCAAAAGACAGUAAAGACAAAACUUUCAUUAACCCUGUGUCCGAUUGGGUAAAUUUGGCAUCAUAUGCUAAGAGACAUGAAAGAAGCGAUUCAUCGAAUCAAUGGUGUCAAAUCUCUGCUGAAUCAUUUGUAAGCAUAUUUUGUGAAAAGACAAAGAAUUCUGUUAUUGAAUCCGUCUCUAAAACACACAAAGAGCAGAUGAUGCAGAACAAACAUGUACUUGAAACAAUUAUAGAGGUCCUAAUUUUGUGCGGUAAACAAAACAUAGCCAUCAGGGGUCACACUGAGCAGAGAAGUGACUUUAUGGCAAUUCUUAAUUUCAAAGCCCAAGAUGAUGAAAUUUUGCGAGAUCAUUUAAACAAUCCGAAUAUCAAAACAAAGAACACAUCUCCAGACAUUCAAAAUGAAUUGCUGAAUAUCUGUUAUGACCAACUUAGAGAACAAAUCGUGCGUGACUGUAACAAAGCAAACUGUUUCACGUUGUUGGCAGAUGAGUGUACUGACAAAUCUACAACGGAACGAGUGACCGUUUGUGUGCGUUUCCUGGAUUCGUUGGAGGGUAAAUCAAUUCCAAGAGAAGAAUUCCUUUGCUUUGUUGAGGCUGAUAGUACUACUGGUGAAAGCAUUUCUGAAUUACUAUUGGAAGCUUUAGAUUCAGCUGGAGUGAACAUAGAUAAGAUGCGAGGUCAAGGUUAUGACGGAGCCGCAAAUAUGUCGGGGAAGUUCAACGGAGUACAAGCAAGGAUCAAGGAGAGAGUACCAACUGCAUCAUAUGUGCAUUGCAAAUCUCAUCAACUUAACUUAGCUAUUGUUCACUCAUCCAACAUACCAUGUGUAAGGACAAUGAUGGGAACUGUGCAAGACAUUGGUUUUGCAUUUAAAUACUCAGCAAAAAGGCUUCUCUCUCUGCAGAAUGCGCUAGAAAACGACCCAAUAACACGAGAACAAAUGGAAAUGCGUACCAAGCUACGAUCCUUGUGUGAAACAAGGUGGUUUAGUAGAGCCGACGCGCUUUUCACAUUUAAAUCGGCAUUUACAGCUGUUGUUUCAGCCCUAGAGAUAUUACAGGACAACGGAGAUGAUAAAGCAGGACAACGUCUAGCUGCAGUCCAAAGAUUUGAAUUUAUUAUUGCCCUUGUCGUAAGCGAAAAUGUGUUAAGUGGAACUGUGUGUUUGACUGCAAAUCUACAGUCCAAACAGUGUGAUCUCGUAGAAGCUGUGCGUGAAGCCAGAGUUGUAGUACAGAUGCUAAAGAACGAGAGGACUGAUGAAGCAGUAUGGGAGGAACUUUUUGAAGCCUCACGCCAAAUUGCAGAAUCCGUCGGAGUUGCACCAACCACACCCAGACGUGUAGGGCGACAAAUCCAUCGAGCAAAUUAUCCAGUGAACGAUGCCAAGACCUACUGGAAAGUUGCUUUAUAUUAUCCGUUCCUAGAUCACUUGACGAGUGAGUUAGAGAAUAGAUUGGUAAAGAACGAAGACCAGUUCCUUGCGCAAUAUUUAAUACCAAGUCUCCUUGACGGUCUAACGGAUGAAGUCAAGAUCAAAUUACACGAAGCAUACCGUUCCGACAUUCAAACACAAGAAGAAUUUGAAGCAGAAGUUCGAAGAUGGAAAGUGAGUUGGUCUAUGGUUCCCUUUGACGAAAAACCAGCCACUCUUAUAGAUACCAUUGACAACAUACCGCACGGUCUUUACAUCCAAAUCGAAUGCAUAGUAAAAAUCUUCCUGACGAUGCCUGUGUCGACAGUCACUGCUGAGAGAUCCUUCAGUGCAAUGAAGAGAAUCAAAACAUAUCUGCGGUCAACCAUGACAACAGACAGGCUUUCCUCACUAGCGAUGCUUCACAUACACAGGGAAAAAGACAUCGACAUCCCAGCGGUCAUCGGCAAAUUUAUUAAUGCUAAACAAAGACGUCUUAAGUACCAAAUAUAA